AUGUCACGGAGGAGAGCAAAAACUUCAGCAAAUGCCCCGACUAAGGAGCAGGUCUGCUUUGAAAAGCGACAAAGCGGAUUGUCUCUUUUCAUUAAGCAAUUUGAGAAAGAAGCACGACAGCGCAUGAACGAGCUCGAGGCUAAGACCGACGACAUGCUAGCAACGGUGGAUAAAGUUUUUAAAAUAGAGCUGAUGAAAAAGCCUUCUUCCCUUCUAAACACACUCAUAGGGGAUCUAAUUAAAGAGGAGGGGAUUUCCUCAAGUGAGGUCUCAAUUCUGGCCACAAAACAGGAGUUUCCAGAGAUGAAACGGUCGCUGACAAGAACACUCAGCAAAAAAGUGAAAGAAAAUGAUGCUGCAUCUACCCAACCAGCUCUGAGAUCAUCAACCAGGACAACAAAGGGAGUUGCAGGAUCAAAAAGAGCGCGGACACUGGUCGCCAGUAGUAGUGCUGGGAAUCUUGGGGGGACCUCAGUCACAGUCAAAAGGACCCAAAGUCGCCUGGCUAAGCCCACUGAGGAGAACAAGGCUAAACUAAGGUCUGUGGUCUCUGCCGGUGAUCUGCACUGUUCCAUGGCAGGAUCCUGUGCACAUAUCACAGUCACCACGGCACAGGGACAGACUUUAUCUUUCUCCGACGAGACGAAGGACAAGAUUAAUUUGGAGUUGCUGGAUGAUGUGGCCUGGUGUCAGAUUCAACGGCUGACGAGGUUAAUGGAACAUCUUUCAAGACGAAAUCAGUGCCAGCAGUGAGAAAUGUCUCCUACCUGCUGACCAGCUCUCUUCUUUAAACAGUGAUUCUGUCUGUCUCUUACCUUUUUUUGUUUUAACAAAAUAAAUCUUAUUUUUAAUCAUCCCUUGUUUAUUUUAUCAACUGUUUUGGUCUAACAUGCAUUAAGUGUAAAUGAGUGUGUACAUCUUAAACUGACUCCUAUGUUGGACUUAAAUUCCUAAUAUUUAAAUGAGCCAAAUGUCAUGUAGCUAAUCAAACAGAACUUGGUCUGAGCCCGAUGCACAGUUUGGACAAACGUGAGCAUAAACACAGGAGGAAAACUUAACUAUUGUCAUUAGUUGCAAUUAAACACUGUUGAUUUGUAACUAGAAUGUCUGUCUGCAUCACUGCUGCCAUUGUCUCAUAUAGUACUUGUCUUGCAGAAACUUAUGAGUCUACUUUAGUGGUACCAUGACUGGAUGGACCAUGGCUUCAGUCUUCAUCAUAGUGGUGAUAAAACAUCAGCACAAGGUUUGGUUUGUCACUAAACUUAAAAUCUACAGUUCUUCAGGAAGCAGCACUUCUGCUUUAUUUUUAUAGUUUCAGCCAAAAGUUGUGAUUCAACCUCUGGCAAACACUUUAAUGACGGCACUGACUUGACAACAUGCUGUUUAAGCUCGGUACGGUUACAAUGUCAAAACUUAAA